CUGCUCCCCAAAGAGGGGACAUGGACAGGGACCAGCCUAUGUAUGAGAGCCAAAUGCUGGCACGAGCCAGAGCAUCACCAGAUCCCGUUGCAUUCCUGAACGCACGUUUUCAUGUCCGGAAUCUGCCAAAACCCAAGGUCGAUCGGGAGAAUCAGAUGGAUGCUGUGACUGGAGCAGGAGGGAAGCAUGAGAAGGUAGUCAAGCUUCCUGGUCGUGUGGCCAACCCACGCAGAUUGCAGUUAUGGGAGUCUCUGUCAUCCAACAAGACCUUGUUUGACGUCUGUCUGAGGGCAAGUGAUCGAGAGGUGGACUGCAACUCGCUGCUGCUGGCAGAGGAGAGCGUAUUCUUCACUGCCAAGUUCUCAAACCCGGACUUUGGGGGAUCCUCGAGGCUGGUGGAGCUGCAGGACGUGGAUGGAGAUACGCUGGAGACUGUGGUGGCAGCGCUGCUCACUGCCACCAUCAAGCUGGACCGGGACAACAUCGAGCGCUUCCUGCACUGCGCUGACAUGCUCCAGGCAAGAACGAGUGCUGUAUUGGAUGCUUGGCAGCUGUCGGCGGUGAAGGACGCGUGCUGCCUGUACAUGAGCGACUGCCUGGACGAGGACAGCGCCGCAGCCACGCUAUCAUUGGCGGCCAAGUACUCCUGCGACGGCCUGCAGGCGCACACGCAGCAGUACAUCGUGGCCAAGUUCCACUCCAUGCGGCCUGAUGCGCUGAAGGAGUGCACGCGCGCCGUCCUGUGGGACCUCAUCUCCCGCGACGACCUCUCCCUCCACAGCGAGCUGCAGGUUCUGACGGCGAUCACGGUGUGGUGCAAUCACAACGGGGCGGAGGCGUUCAUGCAGCUGCUGCCUGCGGUGCGCGUAGAAAACCUGAGCGCUUACGAGCUGCAGAUCAUGUCCCAGCACGGCAUGGUCCUGGAACACCCCGCCGCUGUGGAGCAGUUGCAGGCAGCUCUUGCCGCCAGCCACUCGCCCGAUAGCCCACCACGGGGUCUGACCCCCGGCCCCAGGAAGAUGCGCAGCGUGGUCACAACGACGCCCUCCUGCAGCCGCGAGGCCGCAUUUGUUCGGGAGCGCCGGCCGCCGCUGUGCCUCGGCGCUGGCCGGCUGGUAGCGAGGGGGAUAGAGGGACCGCUGGAGCGGUACAGGGAGGCGCAGCGCGCGAGGAUUUGCGACCUUCCAAUGCGGGUGGAAGCGGGGCCCGAGGCAGCCCUGGUACUAUCCGAGGAUGAGGCCGAGGAGGCGGCUGGGGGGCAGGGCCGGCGCAUGGUGCGGCGGCGAGUGGCCUUCCGGCGCUAGCAGGCAACUCCUCGAGAUUGAACUUCAGGUUCACAACCGUAACUGUAGCCUACAAUUACACUGAUUGUGCAAACAUAUCCACUCUGAUCAUGAACUAGGAUCCAGCUUGUUGGUUGCUCCUGGCUGGCUGCUGAGACGACCAGCUGCUGUAUCAGACAACGUUUGACAUACGCACUGCAUGGUUUGUUGCUUUGUUACCGGGUGGGCAGCAGAGGGCGGACCCGCAUUAGCAGUGGGCGCGUAGAUAGUGAUGGUUGGACAGUUCAUGAAAGAGCUGAGCAUGGGAUUGUUGUGGAAAACCUGAAUGAACGGACUUGGUGCUCAAUUGAGGUCAAUUUCACCUGCCCACUGUGCCUGGCAGGCUGUAUAUAACUUAUACCACUGACUUUGCAGUACGGUUUACUGUUGAAGUAGGAUUGCACAUCGCCAAAGCGGUCAUUUGUGUUUCAAAA